GCCCUUCUUAACUCUUAAGUCCAUAAAAAAAAUUUGUCAUUAGUUUAGAAAAAGCCAAAGAGUUGCAGGAAGUAUGGAGUACUUUUGUUUUUUUUGAAAGUUGAAACCCACUAGCUUUUGUUUUAUUAUUAUUAUUAUUUUAUUUUAUUUGCAAAUGUUGAAAGUUGAAAUCACUUGUUGUCUACUUUCCUCCACCGGCUCCAGUGCUCCACUCAGAAGAGUAAUUGAAGAUUUGAACACUAAAGAAAUUAAGCAAGCUCACUCCUGGUUUCAUUUACAGAGUCACUCUUUUUGGACUCCUGAGUUUCAUCAUCUUCAAAUCAUCAAUUUUCUGUUCUUCUUCAACAAUAAAUCUGGUGAUACUCGUUGGAGUUCUCAUUUGAAAUCCAUAUCAAGUUUGAUGAGAAUGUUUAGUGCAACAUGUGAAGUUUUACUAAACAUUAUUGAAGAUGGAACUACACCUACUCACCGUGGAGAUGCCGAUGCAGCUUAUGAGGUAAUGACUUCUUUUGAAUUUGUAUUCAUUAUGCACCUCAUGAAAAAAGUUCUAGAGAUUUCUAAUAUGCUCUGCCAAGCUUUGCAACUCCAAACUCAAGAUAUAUUGAAUGCAAUGCAUCUUGUGACAUCUACUAAAUUGCUUAUUCAAAAAUUAAGAGAUAAUGGAUGGGAUGAACUAGUUUCAAGUGUGAAGUCUUUUUGUGAGAAUGUCAAUAUAACUGUACCAGAUUUUGAUGCUCAAUAUAUUGCAAGAAGAGGAAGGGCUAGACAUCAACAAGAUGAAUUAACAAUUGGACAUCAUUACAAAGUUGAUAUUUUUAAUGCGGUGAUUGAUUCUCAAUUGCAAGAGUUGAACAAUAGGUUUGAUGAUAAAGCAAUGGAAUUAAUUAUUCUUAGUUCAUCCCUUGAUCCAAAAGAAAUGCGUUUAGCAUUCAGAAUUGAUGACAUUUGCAAGUUGGUAGAGAAGUUUUACCCACAAGACUUUGCAGAUUAUGAGAUUUUACAAUUAAGAAUGCAACUUGAACAUUUUGAACAUGUGAAACAACUUCAUGAUUUUAAAGCACUAGAAAGCAUUUCUGAUCUCUGUCAAUGGUUGGUGAAAACUAGAAAGUUGGACAUCUUUCCUCUUGUCUUCAGAAUAGUAACUCUCAUCCUCACGCUUCCCGUAUCUACAGCUACUACAGAACGAUCAUUUUCUGCCAUGAAAAUAGUCAAGACUACACUCCGUAACAAGAUGGGUGAUCAAUUUCUUAAUGAUUGUUUGUUAGUGUACAUUGAAAAACAAAUUGCAAAACAAUUUAGUAUAGAUUCAAUUAUAGAUGAUUUCCGUGAUAUGCAAGAGAGACGUUCUAAAUUUUAGUAGAUUUGUAAUGUAAUGAUUUAUUAUUUUUUUUAAAGAAAAGAGUAAUGAUUUAUGUUAGUAUAUAUUAAAUGAGUAUUUUAUAGAGCAGUGUAUGCCACGACAUCAGCUGAUCGGCCCCCCCA